UACAACCUUCAUCUAGAAAUACAGUUAGAAAAUUAAAUAUUUUCGGAAAUAUUCGACGGUUAAUAAGAGCUUUUGAAAUUAAUAUUAAUAUUAUUAUUAAUUGGUUAACAAUUAUAACACAAACCCCAUGACAGAACCACGUAAUAUUGCCAAGUACGUUUUCUUUGGAACCACGGGCUUUGUGUUCGGUGCUUUCAUGCAGCAGCAGAUAUCUAUCAAGAAUCUAUACGAAGCGAUCAACCGGGAUCCGUAUUUGUAUAACAUUCGCCAGAAGCUGUAUCCUGUGCUGUCCACCUUCCCCACUGAUCACGAGGCGCGACUGUGGAGUCGCCCGCUCGGGCUGAAGGACAAGAUAAGCCAGCUGCUGAUGUCAACUUUAUUUAAAUAUUUCGUACCGAAGCCGUUGGAGCAGCCCGGUGCGAACAUUCUCGAUUUGCUCAAAUACGGUUUACCUAGCUCCGCAAACUUGCUGGUGCACCGCGACUACAUAAUGUCGCGAGGCAGCGCAACAAACAGCGCCUCGUGGCUGUGCGAGCAUUUUUGCGCCGACUCGCUGCCGGUCGAGGACCAGCAGCUCUCCCGAUACGAAGAUGUGUUUGUGCCGCGAAAGGCCAACUCAGCAGCAAUUGGCACGGUCUUCAAGCAUCCGAUGUGGCAGGAGCUGGAGCGUUAUGUGUCGUUGCUGGUGCAGGAGUGCGGAUCUGUGUAUGCCUACACGGGUCCCAUUUUCAUGCCUAAAACCAAUGGCCGCGAGCAGUAUUGGCAGGAGUACAUAGAAUGUGGAAAUAAUGCGAUACCUGUGCCGUCGCACUACUUCAAGGUGUUGAUCGUGGAGCAGUCAGACGAAGAGCCUUCUAUGGAGGCUUUUAUCCUACGCAAUGAAGAGACCGAAUCAGUUGGCGAGCUGUGCGAUUAUCGUGUAUGCAUCCAGGACGUAGAGACACAGGCCGGGCUGCGAUUCGGCAAGGGUCUCCAGUCACCAAAGGUGGCUUUGAACAUGGACAACAUUGAGAUAGAUUUUACCCACGCCAGCGUGUCCGAGCCAAUUUAAAUGUAGUUUCAAUUUAAUUAAAUGUUUGGGUUGGGACACUCAGCACUGCA